CUGCAACGCGUCCGUGCCGCUGAUUCUCACCACCAACAUCGCCUUCAUACCCCAAGAUGAGCUCGGCAAAGGCAUCCAAGACGCAAAAGCCAGCUGGGGUAGAUAUUAGGGCAUUCAUGACAGGUUCAUCCAGCAAACCUCCAGGCUCAUCUCAAACUGCAACGUCAGGCUCGUCGCAGACAAGGAAGAGCUCUAGUCAAAUGACAGCUUCGUCGAACCUCAAGCGCAAGACAGCGGUACUUUCGAGCGACGACGACGAGGAUCGAAAAAAGCCUCUGCCAAAGAAGAAGCCAGCAACCACCUCACCUGAUGGAAAGCCUUCCAACUUGUCGAAGGUCAUUGAGAUCAGCGAUGAUGAAACACCGCUGCCGCCCCGCAGGCCUAUUGUGAAGCGCAAGAAGCCUGCUGCCCUUCUAUCGAGCGAUGAAGACGAUGAAGACUCGUCUCCAAAGAAGAAACUUGCCCCGUCGACCUCCAAGCACGUCGCUGCCACAACAAAACCUCGACCUUCAACAAACUCCCAGUCCAAAAUAAACGUGAAGAAAGCGGAAGGUUUCGUCUCCACUAAAAACCUCAAAGACGAGGAUUAUGCUUCAGCUUCCGACGAUGACGAGUGGUUGAUACCGAAGAAAGCGAAAGCGAAACCACCUCCCAAGAAGAAAGCUAUCACCUCGAAGGAUGCUGAUGGGAAAGGGAAAGAGAAAACCAAAGAUGAACCCAAGAAGCCCAACUGGGCCGCUACGAGAGCCGCAAAGUUGGCCGCGCCUGUGGCACAUGGCUCUAAAGACAUUCCCGAUGGCCAGCCUGACUGUCUUAUGGGCCUUUCAUUUGUUUUCACGGGUGAACUAAGCAGUUUCUCUCGAGAAGAAGCGGUUGAUUUAGCGAAACGCUUCGGAGGACGAGUGGUGGGGCAACCCUCGUCACGCACUGAUUUUGUCGUCCUGGGCGAUAAUGCAGGACCGUCCAAGUUGGCCGCUAUCGCAAAGCACAAGCUUAAGACCUUGAACGAGGACGAGUUUCUGAAUUUGAUUGCUACCCGAAAGUGUUUUGGUAACGAAAAUUUGGAUGAAAAAACGAAGAAAAAGAUGGAAAAGGAUCAGGAGGCCAUCAAGAAUGCCGCCAAAGAGAUGGAAAAGCGAGAGAAGCAAGCGGCGAAGGAAAGCAGGGGCGUGCCUGGCAGUUCAAAGGUAAUCGAUCCUUCUUCUCAGCUAUGGACGACGCGGUACGCUCCACAGUCUCUCAAAGAGAUCUGUGGAAACAAAAGUCAAGUAGAUAAGCUACUUCAAUGGCUCAAUGAUUGGCCCCAGAGUCUUAAGAGUGGGUUCAAGAAACCGGGGAAGAAUGGAAUGAAUAUCUUCAGGGCCGUCCUCAUUACGGGCUCUCCGGGUAUCGGUAAAACGACCAGCGCGCAUCUUUGUGCGAAGCUAGCCGCAUUGACACCUAUCGAAUUGAAUGCAAGUGAUGCGAGAAGUAAGAAGCUCGUUGAAAACGGGAUGAACAUCAACAACAUGUCAUUGGACGGAUUUCUCGGUGGCACUAAUAAAACAAACUCUUCAGGUGUCACCAUUACCGAUCGAAGCUGUCUUAUUAUGGAUGAAGUCGAUGGUAUGUCUGCUGGGGAUCGAGGUGGCGUCGGUGCGCUUAACGCGUUGAUCAAGAAAUCCAAAAUUCCUAUUAUUUGCAUUGCCAAUGACCGUAACGCCCAGAAGUUGGCCCCAUUGAAGGGGACGACAUUCAGCAUGAACUUUUCAAAACCUCCUGCCGCUCAAAUCCGUUCCAGAAUUUUAACAAUUGCGUUCAAGGAGAAGAUGAAGAUUCCUGCGAAUGUGAUAGAUCAACUCGUUGCUGGAUCACAGUCGGAUAUUCGACAUGUUCUCAAUAUGCUAUCGACGUGGAAGUUAUCCAGUGAUUCAAUGUCUUUCGAUGAAGGCAAAGCCUUGACGAAAAUGAACGAGAAAUAUUCGAUUAUGAGUCCAUUUGACAUUACUUCCAAGAUGUUGGGGCCAUAUUUGUUCUCAGCAACGGCUCGGGAAACACUGGGUGACAAGAUGGAGCUAUACUUUCAGGAUCACUCUUUUAUGCCCUUGUUCAUUCAGGAGAAUUAUUUGAAGACACAGCCUGCGAAGCUUCGGAAUCUGGAUGGUCCCAAUAAGAUUUUGAAAGAACUCCAGCUGAUGGACAAAGCUGCGGCGUCAAUAUCUGAUGGCGACUUAGUUGACGGUCUUAUACACGGACCAGAACAGCAUUGGUCGCUGAUGCCUCUUCAUGCUGUGUGCUCUGCAGUUCGACCAGCAUCUCUUCUCUACGGGCAGGGGGCCCAUUAUGGUGGUCCAAAUUCCAUGUCUUUCCCGCAAUGGUUAGGGCAGAACUCGAAACAGAACAAACUGAGUCGCCAAUUAGGUGAUGUCCAGAUCCGAAUGCGACUCAAGGUAUCUGGCGACAAAUCAGAGAUUCGACAAUCAUAUAUUCCUGCGUUGUUUCCUCAUAUCGUUAGGCCUCUGGUAGACGAAGGAUUGGGUGCGAUUGAUGAUGUUAUUGACGGGAUGGAUGAAUACUCUCUCUCCAAGGAAGACUGGGAUACUAUCGUCGAGCUCGGUGUCGACCAGAAUAAGGAUGAUCUCAUUCUCAAGAAGAUACCUCCUGCUGUCAAGUCCUCAUUCACGCGAAAGUACAAUAGCCAAGAGCAUCCCAUGCCCUUCCACAAAGGCCAAGAUGUUGGCAAGGCGCCCAAGAAACUUGCUGCAGGUCCAGUUCCUGACUUGGAGGAUGCUUUUGAGUUAGAUGAUAUUGUGGACGAUGCCUCUGAUGACGAGACGAAAACAAAGAUGGAUAAUAUCGAUAACGACAAACUCAUCCACGUUGCCAAGGCAAAGAAGAAGGUGGCAAGGUCAUGAUUUAGGACGUAAUAUGUUGUAUCUUCCAAUCCACGUUUUUGGUUUUUCGGUUUUA